AUGGCUUCAGGUAUGGACUUUACGAAUGAGGAAUGUUACCAAAUCGUGCUGUGGCACGGUACUGGAAAAACUUGUCCUCAAAUAAUAGAAUUAUUUCAUAAAAUGUUUCCGGGACGGCCACUACCAACACGCAGCAUAAUCGCGCGUAUUGUGCAAAAUCUACGUGUGCACGGAUGUUUUUCCUUGAAGAACCAAAAAAAUCGAGCAGCCGCAGUGGUGCCAAGAAUUAAAUUAAAUCCAGACCGCGAACUGCGGGAAAUAAUGGUGUGUGCAGCCAUGCAACAAGAUUCGACCAGACCGACUGUGGACAUUGCCCGAGAAUUCAACAUUUCAAAAUCUUCCGUCUGCAACAUUUUACAACGAAAUGGAUACCGUACUUACCGACCACUGAGGGCGAAUGAAAUUUUUUCCGAAGAUACAUACCUUCGAAUGGAGUUUUGCGAACGCGUUAUGGAAAUAGCGAAUCGCGAUGAAAAUUUUAUUUCCAAUAUUAUUUUCACCGACGCUGCGUCGUUUCCAAUACACGGUCGUCACAAUCCCUCCAUUAAUCGGUAUUGGUCGAGGGAAAACGAACGCCGCACGUCCGAUGCACGCAAACAGCACACCGAAACCCUCAACGUUUGGGCUGGUAUACUAGGGAACCACAUUGUAGGGCCUUUUUUUAUAGAAGGUACCCUCGAUGCCCAAAGAUACCUAGCGCUGUUGCAGAACGAAAUUAUUCCGGCUGUGUGCUAUUUGGGCGUGCCAUUAUCAUCCGUUUGGUUCCAACAAGGCGGAGGGUCCGAUGCACAAAAUGCCGCCGCUGUCAGGGAAUAUUUAUUGCAAAUGUUUCCCAACCGCUUACUUGCGAGAUUUCGCAAAUUUGCGGGAGACGGACAGAUGAAUAUUUCUUGGCCGCCGAGAUCCCCGGAUUUGACGCCCUGCGAGUUUUUUUUAUGGGGAUAUGUCAAAUCUAAGAUCUACGGAUUUCAAGGGCAUCGGGCUAACAAUCUCAAUAAGUUGCGAUUACAAAUCGUCAACGCAUUGAAGGCUAUUAGUCCAGAGAUGCUAGCGAACGUCCGGGCGGGAUUUUAUAAUAGGCUCGGUUAUUGCUUAGCGCAGGGUGGUGACCGUUUCGAACAUUUAUUGAAUUAA